UUGACUUCCCAUUUUUUCUUACCAAAAUACUUCAUUUUUCUUCCUUCUAUCUUUUUUAUUUUUCUUCAAUUUAUGCUAAUUAAAUUGAAUCACAAAAAAGAGUUGAUAGUUGUAAUGACCAUGGAAGAUUAAUUUCAUUUUUGAUUCUUGGAAAAAUCAAAGUAAUUAAAGAUAUAGAAAAUGGACGGUGGUGAUCGAGUUAUAAGACGACGAAAGAGUCUAACUGAACGGCUAGGAUUAAAACGAAUCGGAUGUUGCGGGUCCACUUGGGGUAUCAUGCCAGCAACAACGUUUAGUGUCGUUGACGAUGAAGACGAAAACGACGACGUAGAAGUGAUGAGUCAUCAUAUCCACACACCGUCAGAAACACCGUCAGCUAUGACAACGUGUCUGGCGGUGGCCGGAGGAGGAAGUUCCGGGAUGAACUUGGCGGCCGCAUUGGCCGCCGAACGCCACUUCAGAGCAGAUUAUGACAAUAAUAAUGAAGUCAACAUCCAUCCGGGCUCAAGGCCCGGCCCACUGAGACCCAAUGAAAGUGGCCCGAUGAAUGUACCAACUUAUGACAACAAUGAAGUCAACAUUAGGCCCGGCCCAAAUUAUAGGCCCGAUGAAGGUGUCUCGGGAAAUGUUCCUGGGACGCCAACAAGAAUGUCGUUGAUGAGGUUGUUAGAGGAAACAGAAGUGUAUGAAGGAGAAUUUUUGAUGGAGAAAGAAGAAGAGGGGGGUGGUGGGGUGGGGGUGGGGAGUGAUAGUGUGUGUUGUGUGUGUAUGAGAAGAAAAAAAGGAGCAGCAUUUAUACCAUGUGGUCACACAUUUUGCAGGGUGUGUUCAAGAGAGCUUUGGGUAAAUCGAGGUUAUUGUCCACUUUGUAAUAGAUCCAUUCUUGAAAUUCUCGACAUUUACUAAGAAAAAAAAAGAAUCCAAUGUUUUGGUUAUGGUGAUUUGUCAUAUAUAUGUAUACUUGUACAAUGUAAAUAAUUAUUUUCAUGAAUGUUGGGAAAUGGAAUUACUAAUGAAAAAUCGUCGAUAAAGGUAGUAGUA